UGCAUGUUAUUCGUUGUAUUAAAAAAAGUUAUAUAAUAUAUUGUUUCGUACACUUAUCACUUCUAUCAGAAACUAGAUGAACUGCUUCAAACGCUACAAGGAAAGCUUGUACUAAAAUAUUAUAGUAUAAACAACGAAUUGGACAGGUUCCACCGUGGUAAACUACUGAAACUGGUUAUGGAAAAUUUACUCUGCGAAAUGAGUAUUACGGACAUAACCGCGGCGUGGUACACUAUUAUUCAUAAGGAAAUUACCAAAAUAUUUCCUAUGGAGGCUGGUGUAAGUAUCACCCAUAAUGGAUAAGGUCCAAACACAAUGGAUUUAAUAAAUAGUGCGUUGCGACGAGCUACGUGAAUCAUGGUCGACGUGACAAACAUUGCGGUAGUUGUAAAUGUAUGAAAUCCGCAUCCAUUGUGUUUGAACAUUAAGAGCGACUAAAUGGAAUUUGUGUGUGUUUCAAUUUCAAAAAAAAAACAUUGUAGCACUUCAAGGUUUAUUCAGGCAAACUAGCCAUGAUAAAGUACAAUUUGAACAAAAGGCUCAAAACUGGACCGCCAAAAUCCAACAAAAAAACGCCCGCUGUUGUGCUAGCAGGAGAAACAACAGAGCAGAAUAUGAUAGCAGCCAAAGAAUGGUUACGAUAUGGACGCGAACCCUGGGAAGAGGUCAUCCACCAAUGGAAAGCAAGCUAUAUUCUGCGGCGUAAAGAGUUUACUUCAUUGGAUGGAGCUGACGUUUGCAGUCUGUGGGCUGAGGAUAGUUGGCCAAUUUUAGCGCAGCCUACAGGACCAGAGCUGAUGGAGUACGAUUUUCAACAGACCUUCGCCUGCCAAAAUACCCUCUUCCAAAAAUGGCCAAUGUUCAUUGAAAAAAUUUAUAAAUUGGCAAAAAAACAACUCAAAAGUGCGCGACAUGUUCAGAUGAUUGAAGAAUAUGGUGCAAAAAAGAAUGAGGUACUAUUUGCGCAUUUGAUGUGCGGAAUGCUCAACCCUGGAUUGGUGAAACAAAAUUUCAAGCCAUCGUUUCAGGAUGUUGAGAAGGGUUUUGUACUACUUGUGCAGAGCGAGAAUGACGUCAUCAAUGCCAUAAACAAACACCGUGAGCAUAUGGCGGAGAAGGGCGUACGAUUGCAACCACGCGUAGUUGCAGUUUGCAACGACGCCGUUUCCCAUUUCUAUACGUACAUCGACGCAGGUAACAUGCAAAAAGCAAACAGCAUGGUACACGCAAUCGAUAUUAUAUUCAAAACAUGUAUGCUGAUAGAUGCUUCGUAUCCACCCGAAGCACGUUCCGUAUGGACGUUCGUGCAGACAUUUUUCUACGGAAUAACAACAAUUUAUGAUCGACGUUUUCAGUGCGUUGAUGCAUUGUGUGCAGAAUUGACAGAACAAACGAAUUAAAGUUCGUUCGAAUAAGUUUCGUUUUCGAAACAAGUAUACUA